GUUCAAUUUCAAGCGCGGAUCUCGCACGGUUGUACGCAAGAAAAGUGGAAAAUAUUUGAAAGAAAAUCGAAAAUGAAGUCAAUUUUAGUGCUGGCUUUGUGCCUGGGUGUAGCCUGUGCAGACUUUAACGCCGAGGUAUUAUCGAGUAGACAGAAAAGGGAGGAUUUUCAUAGUCGACAUUACUCUGCCCAUCAGCAGGCAAUUGAAACGGCUCGUCGCAAUGCCGGUUUGAGUGGCUAUAGCGCCAGUGGAUCGAACAGCUUUGGCUCCAGUGGAUCGAACAGCUAUGGCUCCAUGGGAUCGAACAGCUUUGGCGCUGGUGGCACCGCUGAACUGACUCACGGUGGUGGUGUUGGUGGCUCACUGGGCAAUUUGGAGAGCUCUUAUGAUUCUGUGGGUGCCGUUGAGGGCGUGGACAGCAGCAGCUUGGGCGGUGGUGCAGGAUACGUUGGCAACAGUGGUGCAGGGUACGGUGCCAGCAAUCAGGCUGCCUUUGGUGCCAACAAUGCAGCUUCUUUUGGCUCGAACAGCGCUUUCGCUGCCAAUUCGGCCUUCCACACGAGCCACAGUGCCAACUUCAAUGCCGCCAGCUCCCACAAUGUGGCUAGCAAUGUGGAGUUUGCUGACAACAACAAUGCCGGCACUGAGGUCAACUUUGGUGGUGCUGGAACCAACACCGUCAACUCUGAGGCUCUGCUCGCCAGAAAUGUGCAAGCUCCUGUGGCCCUGACAAUGCCCACUUCCAGUGGUAAUAAUAUGGAGUAUGUGCAACACACCGAGCGUGUGGUGUCAGCUGCACCACAGCAGGUUGUCUACACAAUGCCCGGUGCCUCGCAGCAGUACGUGCAGCAUGUGGAGCGCGUUGUCGAGCAGAAGCAGCCGACGGUGCAGUACGUCCAAGUGGCUCAACCCGCUGGCUCCUCCGAGCAAUAUUAUCACCGCAAGGUGACAACCUCAUCAUCUUCGGCUCCCCAGAUCGUUCAGCAGCCCUCGGCCCGCUAUACUUAUGGCUCAAAUGUUGGCUCCACCUUUGGCACCAAUUCCGCCUUCAAGGUCAACCAGAAUGCUGCUUUUGAUAGCAACUUUGGUAGCAACUUUGGCCAACGUUCAGGUGCCCAGACGCAAUUCACGACAGGACAAAAUGCUGGCUACAACUUUGGCGGCAACUCACAGCUGCAUCACCUAAUUAACCAGGCCCAUCUGACGGCCAAGCAACAAGUUUCCUCUGGCAAUACCCAAAGCAGUGGUGCCGGCCUCGCUGCCGCCAAUCAAGUUCAACUGGGUGGCUCAAAUGCCUUCAACUCCAACUAUGGCUUCAACUCUGCCAGCUCCAUGAACACCGGCAGCUCCAUGAACUCCAUGAGCAAUUUGAACACUGCCAGCGGUUUGAGUGCCGGUUUGAAUGCCGGCAGCAGCGGUUCACUCCUGAGCGGUUCUUUGUUUGGUGGUAGCCAGGGUAAUCUGCUUGGUAGUGGCUCACUCUUGGCCAACUCCGGCCUCAACGCCCAAAGCAACUUGGGUCUGAAUGCCGGACAACAGUCGUCCAGCUCGGGCAACUUUGGUGGUGCCGGCGGUGCUGGCAGUGGCUACCAGACCAAGCAGUGGGAGAAACAAUCCAAGUGGUCUUCCCAGUCUGAGUUCGAUUCCGAUGGCCAUGUGAAGAACUACAAGGAUCUGGCCACUGGUGAGAGCGAGAACUACAACAUCAAUGGCAAACAGUUUGGUUACAAUGCAGCCACCGCAUCCGUUGAUGACAAUGGCAAGACUAGCACCUACAGUGUGCACUCCUAAGGUGCAACCUGCCUGCUUCAAUUUUUUAUUUGUAGUAACAAAUUUCUUAUCCUCCGACAUGAUAAAAACAAUAAACUCAUUAUCAAAAUAAUA